AUGACGCUGCUGACGUUGGCUCUGCUGCUCCCGCCGUUGGCCGCCGCGAGCUUGACCGGCGAGCGGCGGCGCGGCCCUAGCCUGCCCUCGCCACCUCGCCUAGCCGACGUGCCCAACUCGGUGAGGCACGUCCUCGCGAGCGCUGCGAGCGGCGCGGUCGGCGUCACCACGCUCGCGCCACUCGAGGUCAUGCGCGUGAACAUGAUGGUCUCCGGGCGCGGCUGGUCCCUCCGGCGGGCCUUCGCCUCGCUCGAGGGCGGCUGGUACCGCGGCAACAGCGCCGAUGUCCUCGCGGCGGCCAUCCGCGUCGGCAUCACCAUGCCUGCCUUCGCGACGUACAAGCGGCUGCUGCAGCGGGCCUCUGAGGAGGGGUCCUCGUCUUCGCCGCCCCCGGAGUGGACGGUUGCGCGCACGCGCAUCGCCGUGGCGUGCGACGUGAGGCUCGGCGUGCUCGGCUGCCUCGCGAGCGUGGUGCGGGAGGAGGGGCCUCUCGCGCUCUACGCAGGCCUACUCACCACUCUCGCCGGGGUCCUCCCCUUCAACGCGCUCAAGCUCGCCGCGUACGACCGCCUCCGCACCAAGGCGGCGACGCUGCAGGACCCAGCCAGAAACGGCCGCCCAGACCUCGACGCGACCUCGGUGCCCGUGCCGCUCGUCGCCGCCAUCGGCGCCGCGUCGGGAUGCUUCGCAGCGACGAGCUGCUUCCCGAUCGAGGUGGUGCGCCGCCGUCAGAUGGCGGGCGAGUUUGUCGGGCUUGGGCCGCUCUCCGCCGUCGUUGCCAUCGCGAGGACGGAGGGGGCGCGCGCGCUCACCCAGGGCGUCGGCCUCAACUGCGUCAAGGUGGCCAUGUCCAACAGCCUCGGCUUCGUCUUCUACGAGCUCGCGAUGGACGUGCUCCGCGUGAACGGCAGACAGCCGCCGUGGGCGCGGAGCGACCGCUUCCCGCUCCCAUCCUUGCUGGGACUGAAGCCGGCGGUGUCGGGCGAGUAACAGACACGUUGGCGAGGUUACGAAAACGAUAUCCAUUCGA